AUGGGCCAACGCAACUCCAAGCAUGUCCGCGCCAACAACUAUGCCGCCGCUCCAGCUGCCGAUGCGCUUCCAGCGCUCGUCCGAGUCCCCGCUUGUGACCCUCUCCCUGCCGCGCCUUCGAAGCGCAAGAGGCUCUCCUGGCCGUCCUCAUUCAGGCGAAAAAAGAAGUCAGCGGAGAUAUCUGGUCGCGCCGACUCAGCAGAAGCUCGUGCUGCGCCCAGCCCGGACAGCGCUCCCAGCUCCAGCUCCGUAUCGUUCUACUCGGAAUCCUCGGUGGAGACCCAUUACACGUCCUCGACGAUGCCGACGGGGCCGCCAAUUCUUCGUGCACAGAAUCGCAUACCCCGAAAAGUUGCGCGGUCGGCCGGAGAGGCGAGCAGGCGUGUCUUCGUAGGUGAUUUGGACCAGUCCGAUGACAAUGACAACUUCGUGCGUAACGCGCGCCCUCGAGCGAAUGCCGUGAGUAGGCCACGAGACGCACCGCCGUUGUCGUUUGAUAUCUCACCAGGCCAACCGUUCGACCCAUGGACCAUCAGCGGUCCAUCGAGCGCGGAUAUAAACUCUCCGCUGCGGACUUUGGCCAACGUGUUGGGCAUUUCCGUUCGAGAUGUCCAUAGUAACAACUGGCCGGUAGAACACUGGCCACACACAGUGAGCUCGAAGACCGUCUUUUACGACGGGCCAGCGCGGAAGCGGGAACGAGACGUUGGGAUGCCUUGGCCAGAGACGAAGCCGCUACCAAGAGCUAUUAUUAAUUAUGUACGACGGCCCUCUGAUGCUGAUAAAAGUCUCCAAGGCCUUGGAUUGCAGACUGCGGCAGGCAGUUCGAAAACCCCGCAGACCAUAGCCCUACCUGAGCCGGACCCGCGAUCGCUGGUAAUUGAAGGGCAUUUGAGGCGGGCUGGGCACGAUGUCGAUCUGCUGCUAGCCCAGCGCCUGCAAAAAGAGCUAGAAGAGGCUGAGAAGAAGUUAAAUGACGAUAAGGCAUUGGCCCUGCAAGUUCAGCACGAAGAAGAGAAGCAGCGGCUACAAGCAAGUCAGCCCAAGACUCGCUCCUGCAUGGUUUGCACCGACUCACUUCCUCCGCUCGACUUCCCAGCGCGCCCUCCUACCGCAACGUGCAGCCACGCCGUCAGCGCCUGCCAAAGCUGUCUGGCGCAGUGGAUCUCCUCUGAAAUGGACGCGAAAGGCUGGGAGCGCAUCGGAUGCCCCGAGUGCCACGAGCGGCUGGGCUACGACGACAUCAGGCGCGGCGCCAGUGCCGAAGACUUCGAGAAGUACGACCACUUCGCCGCCCUCUCUGUGCUCGCCACCGAUCCGAGGUUUAGGUGGUGCGUCGCUCCUGGCUGCAGCUCCGGUCAGAUCCAUGACGAGCAGGGCGGUAACUUUUUCAAGUGCGCCGGCUGCGGCUAUGAGCAUUGUGUGAGACAUGGAAUCAAAUGGCACGAGGGCGAAUCGUGCUUUCUGUACGACUAUCGCACGAGUGGACUUCAAGAUCGCGAUCGACAUCGCGCAGCGGACGAAGCAGCCAGUCAAGCCCUCAUGCAGCAGAUAACGAAGAAGUGUCCAGGUGUGAACUGCGGCUGGAGGAUUGAAAAGAAUGAAGGAUGUGAUCACAUGACAUGUGAGUAUUACGGUUCUGAUUUGAUUUUCACGCAUAUGUAUGAGGGAUUCGUCACUGACUUGGUGGUCGCUAGGCCGGAAAUGCGGGCAGGAAUUUUGCUGGCAAUGCACCGUACCGUAUGCAAGAAUCCUGGCUGA